AUGUCUAUAGCCCCGCUCAUUACGUUCAAAGCUGGUAUUUGUGACCUUGAUGUCUCAAGUUCAAACCCCGUGGUCAAGCCGAAGCCUACUCCAGGUUACAUCUACCUCUACUCCGAGGAUGAAUUGGUGCACUUUUGCUGGCGUCCAAGAACCGCUCCUCCUGACCAACCCGAAUUGGAUCUCGUAAUGGUCCCAUCAGACGGGACCUUCACCCCGUAUCAACCAGCUGGCAAAGACGCACCCACAAACGGCCGAAUCUUUGUAUUGAAGUUCUCCUCCAGCUCGCAGCGCUAUCUAUUCUGGCUCCAGUCAAGAUCUCAACAUGAGGGAGGCGAUCCUAGCUGGUUCAGCCCCAGAGAUCUCAAACUUGGCGAAAUUGUCAACGAAUUACUUCAGGGUGAAGAAGUCGACGUCGCGCAUGAAAUUGCCAACCUUCCCAGAGGUGGUCCGUCUGGCGGCGGCGACGACGAUGAGACGAUGGAGGAUGUCGAGGGCGCGGACCAUAAUCCAAGCCAUAACCACGCGGGCAGUGGAGGUGCCGGCGUGGACGCUACGGGUGGAGACAUCAGAGAAGAAGGAGAGGAAGCGAGGGAGGGUGGUGCUGACGGUGGAAGAGCGGCGGCCGCCGACUCAAAUCCUUCGUCUGUUGUACAGAGCUUCCUUAGGUCCUUGCAGGGGAACCAAAACCAGUCCCAAGACCCCGACAGACCUUUUACGACGCUACAAGACCUCCUUUCGCCAUCAUCUACGAUCCCUUUUUUAGAGUCUGCGGACGAUCGAACCGUAGACAAUCUCUUAAGCUAUCUGCCACCGACCCUCCUUCUUUUAGCGCAGGAAUCCGACGAUGUGUCGCUUGCUGAGACCGAUCCGGAGAUCGUAGAAGCAGCAAUGCUCUCGCUCGACCUGUCGCAAAAGAAGAGCAUAUUACGGAAAGUCCUCCAUUCCCCACAAUUCUCGCAGAGUCUUGCUAGCUUGACUGUUGCUAUCAGAGAUGGCGGCCUACCAAGCAUAAGCGAGGCCCUCAAGAUCCCUGUUGAAAAUGGUGGUUUCAUGCAUAGAGGAGGUGUUCCUCUUGGUGGCGGGGAUGCUGUUGAAGCUUUUCUCAGAGGCGUUCUGGACCAUGUUAAGGAAUCGGAUCAGGAGAAUCAGAUGGAGACUGAUUGA